GGGGGCUCUGCUGGACCCCGGUCAGAGAGCCCUCUACAGGGACGUCAUGCAGGAGAACUAUGAGACGGUGACCUUGCUGGGUAAGGGAUUCCUGUACCCUCAGCUAUUAGAUGCCGUGGGGUCUGCACAUCUGAAUCUUGUCAGGUUCUUCCCUGGUCAGUUGGAUUUGGGGGAGGGUCACGUUGUCCACAGCUGCAGUGAGGGAGAGACUUGCAUCUCCAUACCCCCUUCAAGGGAACAGGGAAGUCAGAAACCAAAUGGACAGGCUAAUUCAUCCCCAUCUCUCCAGCUUUCAGGGGAUCAGAAGCAGGGUAUUGCCCUGCCUGUAUUAUUUCUCCUUCACUCACCGUUCACCUUGCUCCAUCCGUGGGGAGGGCUCUAGGUUCUGCAGGCUUGGAAAUAGUCAGGAGUUUAACACCCGAGCUGUGUGUGUGUCAGCAAGUCCCCCAGAGCGCAUCUACCCUGAGAAAUCCUAGUGAGGGGGUAACAACACCUCCGUGCCCUCAGAGAUCUGCUGCUUCCAUAGGGUCUGAGUUACCACAGUCCCCUGUAGGGUCAGGUUAAACUCAGGGAAUGUUCCUUUUGACAAAUACUCUACCAAUGCUCCAUGCGCCCUGAGCUUGCCUGAUUUCACUCCCUGAGCAGGAUUUCCCAUUCCCAAACCUGACCUGAUCCCCGGCUGGAACAAGGGGAAGAGCCGUGGGUUCCAGAUCUCCAGCUGCUGAGAAAAGGGAAAGCCCGAGAGGCACCUGCACAGCAGGUGAUAGGACAGUGAGUGAAAACAUGGAGGAGACUCAGCAGCAGGAAGGUCCUGAGAAAGUGGAACCGCAUGAGAGGUUUUUGAGAAGAGCUGAAGGGAAUUUUUCCCAGUGCUUGGAACAGGGAGAAGCCUGGGGAGAUCGACACAGAUCAGAGAUGCAACUGGGAAACUAUCCCGGGAAGAAACUGGAUGAAUCCACUGAACGUGAUGGAGGAUGGAAGGAUCCCAAGGAAACCACAGUCCAGCAGACAAGACACAAUGAAGAGAAACCCUACAAAUGCCUUGAGUGUGGGAAAAGAUUCCGUUUCAGUGCAAACCUUAUUAAACAUUGGAGAACCCACACAGGAGAGAAGUCCUAUGAAUGCUUGGACUGUGGGAAAAGCUUCAGUGAGAAGUCACACUUCAUUACACACCGGAGACUGCACACAGGAGAGAAACCCUAUAAAUGCCUGGAGUGCGGGAAAAGCUUUAAUGAGACGUCACACCUUAUGUCACAUCACAGAACCCACACAGGAGAGAAGCCCUAUAAAUGCUUGGACUGUGGGAAAAGCUUCAGUAGGAAGCCUUAUCUUAUUAAACACCAGAGACUGCACACGGGAGAGAGACCCUAUAAAUGCCCCGAGUGUGGGAAAGGUUUUAUCGAAAGUUCAUCCCUUACUAAACAUGAAAGAAUCCACACCGGAGAAAGACCCUAUACAUGCCUUGAAUGUGGGAAAAGUUUCAUUCAGAAGUCACAACUUAUUAUACACCAGAGACUGCACACAGGAGAGAGACCUUAUAAGUGCCUUGAGUGUGGGAAUGAUUUCAGUAGUCGCUCCCACCUUAUUAAGCAUCAGAAAAUCCACACAGGUGACAAACCCUAUAAAUGCCUCGAUUGUGGGAAAAGUUUUGUUGACAGAACAAAACUUACCACUCAUCAGAGAAUCCACACAGGAGAGAGACCCCAUAAAUGUUUAGACUGUGGGAAAAGCUUUAUUGAGAAGUCACAACUUAUUCUACACCAGAGACUGCACACAGGAGAGAGACCUUUUCAAUGCUGUGAAUGUGGGAAAAGUUUUAUUCGGAGCUCAGUGCUUAUUACACAUCAGAGAACCCACACAGGAGAGAGACCUUAUAAAUGCCUUGAGUGUGGGAAAGAUUUUAGCGAGAGCUCAAAGCUUAUUACACAUCAGAGAUCCCACACAGGAGAAAGACCCUACAAAUGCUUGGACUGUGGGAAAACUUUCAGUCAGCGCUCAUACCUUACUAAACAUGGGAGAAUCCACAUGGGAGAGACACCUUAUAAAUGCCUUGACUGUGGGGAAAGGUUCAGUAAGAGCUCAGAGCUUACCAAACAUCAGAGAAUCCACAAGGGUGAGACACCCUAGGAAUAGCCUGACUGUAGACACACAUCAGGGACCUACACAACAGAGAAACCUUGAAUGCGGGGGAAGCUUCAUUUGGUGCUCCCAGAGUAUCAGGCAUCCGCAAAUCCGCACAGGGAAGAAACCUCUGAGAUGUUUUCAAGGGGGAAAAUGCUCCAAGCGGAGUUAACACCAUGUUGGACAUCAGAGACUCUUCCCUACAGCAGGGAAAUUCUCUGAGUGACCUGACUAGGGCUGGCCAUGGUGACAAACCCAUUUCCUCGUUCCCACACACAUCAGGGGCAUUUGGCUCCCAAGGAUGCAGCUGCCCAUUGCUGGGGUGAGGAUCCAGCAGCAGCCGAGCUACAGCUCAUCAGUGACCCUCUGGCUCUGCCUGGUCUAAGCAAA